AUGGCGCUGCCCUCACCCGUCCGUCUGACAGCGUACAUGUAUUUUUUAGCUCGCGACCCGAAGUACGAACACGAAAAGCCCUACACUCUUCGAUACGUACCAAGCCCUCUAGACGGGAUUCCCCAAAGUAACAUUGACAGAGUCCAACAUGAAGUCAAGGUCCAUGACUUGCGCCUCCGGUCCUUAGACUACGACGAGUGUGGCUUCACGGUGGCCAACUGUCCAUCCGCCCUGCAGUAUGACGACUACGCAGACACAGAUAAGAUCGAGAAAAUCCACGCUCUAGAGGUCAUAGGUGCGGUGAGACUCGCAUUGGCGGCCACCUCAGUCGAUCUGCUCGACUACGUGGUGCGCCGGCGACAUCCGAGCUGGCCAAUUGCGACAGGUGGUUCGUACGCUUUCAACCAGCCUGCUUCCAGAGCGCAUAUCGAUCAUACCUACGAAGGCGGAAGGGCCCUUAUUCGAGAAACCUUUGGCGAGAAGGCAGAGUCAAUCUUGGGAGGGCGUUGGCAAUGUGUCAACGUGUGGCAUCCUCUCCGAGGUCCUUUAGUCGAUUGGCCUCUGGCAAUGUGCGAUGCUCAAACUGUCGACUUUGCACGCGAUACGAUGGCGGGCGACGUCGUCGAUCGUGACCAUGUUUUCGAAAACACUCAGAUCCAUUUCAACGCGAGGCAGACAUGGUUCUUCCUCUCAAAUCAGUUGCCGACGGAACUGAUAAUCUUCAAGAACGCCGACUCUCAGGAACCAAUGGGGGCGACUCCAGGGGUUCCCCAUGCCUCAUUUGACAACCCCACCACACAAAAGGAGGACUUCAGAAGAGAGAGCAUUGAAAUGCGGAUCUUGGUUCGAUGGAAAUGA